AUGCGGACUUUUCGGAUUGGCGUCUUUGCCUUUUUCCUAGGCAUUUGCAUGGGAGAUUCGCCUGCAAACCCGAAACUUCUCACAAAACCGUAUGUUCCCCCAUGGGCAGGUCUGCCGGAUACUCCCUCCCUGCCAACGGCGAUCAAGAGCGGCCAAGUUCACGUCGACAAUGAGACGGCCAUCUGGUACGGUUUCUAUGGACAACAGCUCUCCGAUACACUCGAUUGCGGGCAGAUACCGGUAUUGUUCCUGCACGGCGGUUUCGCCAACUCCGAUUAUUUUGGUAAUCAGAUCAGGGCACUCCGCCACCUGCCCUUCACCCUGAUGGUGAUCGAUUCGCGAGGUCAGGGGCGGUCCACAGACGGACCGGGGCCGAUCACGUACGACCGGAUGAUGGGCGAUGUCCUCGCGGUACUGGAUCAUUUCCAGAUCCCCAAAGUCGCCUUGGUUGGCUGGUCGGACGGCGCAAUCAUUGGCUUUGAUAUCGCCAUGAACCACUCCUCCCGUCUGGAUCGAUUAUUCUCCUUUGGCGGAAGCUACAGUUUCUCGAACGGAAACACGACGCUCGAAACAAAUCCAAUUUUCAACACCUAUCUCCAGCGCACGGAGCUGGAGUAUAUGCUACUCAAUCCAAAUCCGGAACACUGGCCGGAACUUUCCGCCAAGAUGAACGAGAUGUGGUCUACCCUGCCAGUCUGGGAUCAAGAAUCGUUUAGACAUAUACCGACGCUAUAUUCAGACCAGUCUGCUCCUCUGGUAUGGAUCCUGGAUGGAGACAGCGAAGAAGUGGUGAAUCGGACCGUACCUGCCAUCCUUCAUGAUUGGAUCCCCGGUUCAGGUUUGACCAUUUUACCCAGCGUCAGCCACUUCGCAUUUCUACAAGACCCCAGAACUUUCACCGCGUUGUUGCUGAGGUUUCUUGAAUAUGAGUGA